CUGAAAAGUUAGAGUUAAUCGAAAGGGAUCUAACUCUCUCUUUCUCUCUCCUACACCGUUGUCUGUACUUAAAAAUCUUGAUCUCUGCACAUCGUCAUCUCCCUUUCUCAGUUUUGUGAUCAUGCUCCUUCUUUAACUUCAACACUAAGAGACAGAUACCAAUUUGCAUGAACGAUAUAUCACUAUCACAAUACAUCAUCAUCAUCAUCAUCUUCAUCUUCUUCUACCAUGGCCUUUCCACCUUCUCACACCUUCACGUUUCACACGAACGAAGAAGAUCACCACCAUCUUCCUUCAACCUCUCUCAACGCCUUUUCCUCUUUGCCACCCCAACACUUUCAAGAAAAUUGGGUUUUUUUUCUUAAUGUUGCAGGGGGUGCACCACCAUUGAUGUUGAAGCGGUCCAUGUCGUUUUCAGGCAUUGAGAACAAGUGCGAUGAGGUGAACGGAGAUGAUGAGUUAUCCGACGACGGGAACUUUCAGUGUGGGGAGAAGAAAAAGAGGCUGAAUUUGGAACAGGUGAAGGCUCUUGAGAAGAGUUUUGAGUUGGGGAACAAGCUUGAGCCAGAAAGGAAAGUGCAGUUAGCCAAGGCUUUGGGGUUGCAACCAAGACAAAUUGCCAUAUGGUUUCAGAAUAGAAGGGCCAGAUGGAAAACCAAGCAAUUGGAGAAGGAAUACGAAGCACUCAAGAAACAGUUUGAGGCAGCUAAGGCUAAUAAUGAUGUUCUUAAGAGUCAGAAUCAGAAAUUACAGGCAGAGUUACAAGCAGUGAAAAGUAGGGGUUGGUGUGAAAAUGGAAUAAUCAGCCUUAAGAAAGAAACCGAGGGUUCAUGGAGCAAUGGAAGUGAUAACAGCUCAAACAUUAAUUUAGAACUCUCAAGAGGACCAAUUAUUAACAACGCUACAUCUUGUCAAGCACCCUUUCCCACUAGCAUCACUCAGAUCUUUCAAUAUUCGUCAAAACCAGACUUCCAUGAAGAUGACUUCUGCAACGUGAUUCACAACAUUGCUGAACAACAAAACUUUUGGCCCUGGCCAGGUCAACAGAACCACCAUUUCCAUUGACCUAUGAAUGAUUUGAGGCUCUAUCAUACAACAUUUUUCUUUCAGUUUCCUUUUUGCAUUAUUAUUUAUAUGCUGUAGAUUGGUGUAUAAAGUUUGAACAGAUUAAAUGUAUGUAGAGGCAUGAGGAGUCGGUGGACUUUAAGCAGUGCAAUUUCUUUCCCAUAGACAUUAUUGUUCCCAUACACAUUAUUGUAUUUGAAAAAUAUAAAAUAAUAUUUACGUUAGGCAGAGAAGUAAAAAAAAUAUUAAU